CUCCGGGCCGCGUCGAGGGCGCGGUCGCUGCCGCUGGCCAGGCUGACCCACUCCCACAUGCUCCGCGCCGGCUUCCGUCCGGGCCUCUUCCUGCGCAACAACCUCCUCGCUGCAUACUGCCGCGGCGGCGACAUGCGCUACGCACGCCUCCUGUUCGACGGAAUGCCGCGCCGGGACGCCGUGUCCUGGAACACCCUCAUCGCGGGCUACUCCAGCCAGAGCGGGUCCUCCGCGCGCCUCGCGCUCGCCUCCUUCCGGGACGCGCGGGGCGGCGGCGUCUGGGCGGACAGGUUCACCUACGCCGCGGUGCUGGCGGCGUGCGGCAGGGCCGGGGACUCGAGGCACGGCCGGGCGGCGCAUGGGCUGGCCGUGGCGAGUGGGCUCGUGCAGGACGUGUUCCUGACCAACUCCGUCAUCGACAUGUACGCCAAGUGCGGGAUGAUUGACGAGGUGAGGCUGGUGUUCGACCGGGCUGAGGAGCGGGACGAGGCGUCGUGGAACCUGCUGCUGUCGGCGUACGUGCGCAUGGGGUGGCCGGAGGUGGCCGUUCACGUGCUCGUCUGGAUGCACCGGUCAGGGGUGAAGCUUGAUAGCUUUGCCUUGGGUGGGAUCCUCAAGGCUUGCUCCCAGCUCGAGGGCUCCGAGGAUGUACGCAGGAUGCUGCAUGGUUGCGUGGUUAAGGUUGGUCUGGACUUGGAUAUGUUCGUCGGGAGUGCCAUGGUGGACAUGUAUGCCAAAAACGGUGGACUUGAGGAGGCGAUCAAGGUGUUUGACUGCAUCCCGAAUCAGAACGCGGUGGUUUACGGUGCCAUGAUCGCGGGUUUCGCUCGCUUAGGUAGUGACCCUUGCCCUGAGGUUAGAAUCCAAGCUGUCAGGCUUUUCUCAGACUUGCUCCGGAUGAGUGUUAAACCGUCCAGGUUUACUUUCAAGAGUGUGCUCGAAGUCUGCAAUUUGACCAAUGCGUUGCACUGUGGGAGGCUGAUACACGCUCAUGUUGUAUUCAAUGGGUUUCAGGACGAUGAGUUCAUAGCAAAUGCGCUGAUCAACUUGUACUCCAAAGCAGGGUCGGUAAGUGAUAGUCUGAGAUGCUUCCAUAUGACUCCCAGGCAAGAUGUCGUCACAUGGACAUCCAUGAUUACAGCAUUCACACAUGAUGAGAAUUUUGAGAAGGCACUAGGCCUGUUCCUAGAGUUUCUUUCUCUUGGAAAAGAGCCAGACCAGUUCACUUUAUCUAGUGUGAUGAAUGCCUGUGCUGCUCUGAGUCUACCAGCAACCUGUAAGCAGAUACACUGUUAUACGGUCAAAUCUGGACUCAGUCAGUUCACUGUGUGCGGCAAUUCUCAGAUUUCUAUGUAUAGGAAUAUAGGUGAUGUUGAGGCUUCAAAGAAGACAUUCGAACAGAUUACAUGCCUGGACAUAUUCUCAUGGUCUGCAAUGGUUUUGAGCUACGCGGUCCAUGGCCAUGAAGGUGAGGCUCUAGUGCUCCUGGAGAAGAUGAAGGAUUGUGGUGUCUUGAUAAAUGAUAUUGCUUUUCUUGCCGUUCUCAUUGCUUGCAGCCAGCAGGGGCUGGCACACGAAGGUUUCAGGCACUAUGAGAGCAUGCUAUCAGAUUAUGGCUGUUCCCCAAAUAUGAAGCACAAAGCUUGCGUAGUUGACCUCCUUGGCCGUGUUGGUAAACUGUCUGAGGCUGAAGAUUUCAUAAUGGGAUCUGGAUCAGAAAAUGACCCAAUACUUUGGCAUGCACUGUUGCGUGCAUGCAGAAUCCAUGGGGACAAAGAGAGGGGUAUGAAAACCGGAGAGAAAUUAAUGGAACUCGAGCCCUUCACUGUUACUUCAUAUGUGGUUCUGUACAACCUCUACAUGGAUGCGGGCAAAAUCUCAUUGGCUAUGAAGACAAGAGGCCUAAUGAGAGAGCGGGGCAUGAGUAAGGAAGCUGGGAUUAGUUGGGCCGAGUUUGGGGGAUCCAUCCUUCAUUUCACUGACGGAAAUAACUCCUGCCCACACAAUAAUUCAGUUCAUGCCAGAUUAGAAGAAUUGUUAGUCAGUGUGAAACAGAGGACCGAGCGUGGUGGAACGGACAUUUGGGAAUUAGGAUUCCAGAGUAGAAAGGAUGGUGAGACCUCACUCGCCAGACAUGGUGAACUACUGGGUGUGGCUCUUGGGCUGUCCACUUUGUCAUCUGGUGCUCCUGUAACAGUUAUGAAGAACCAGAGGAUAUCCUGGGAAAGCCAUGAAACACUUAAGUUGCUAUCAGCAAGGGAAAGCAGGGGAAUAAUUGUCAGAGAUCCGACUCAUUUUCAUCGUUUUGAUCAAGGUUCAUGCUCUUGCAGAGACUACUGGUAGACAUAAGUGAUUUAUAACCUUGGGAGUACAAACCUUAGAAGGGUCAGCGGAACAGUUUGGCCAUUCUUGCAACUGAGAUUGAAACUGUUGGCUGACAGUUUGGAUUGGAGGAAUGAGAGGAUUACGGUAAAGGGUUCAGUGGCAUUGCACUGAACAGAAGCUGCGUCAUUCCACUGAAUAGAAGCUGUGUACAUGUAGCAUACGAUUGUGCUUGAUGAUGUCCAACCCCAGCCACGCAUCACUUUGCGAUUAAGCAUCACACGUCUCAAGCUGGUCAUCUUUGAUGAAACCGUGGGAUUGCUGGAGAUGUGAAGGCAGAGCUGCUUCCCUGCAUCUCAGCUAGAACUGUGGCUUAAUCAUAUAUACUUGGGGCAUUCUUGUGAGCAAAAUGUGCUGACCUGAACAGCCGGCAGCUGCUGUCUUUGCGCCAUGGUCUAAUCUGAGACCCAUCUGCAGCACGUACACUGUGGUCAUACUGCUGUAGAAGCUGUGGUCAGAAGUGUUAAUAUUGAGAAGUUCCUGAUGGGGAGAAAAGCCCAUUGCGGAACAAAUGAUGCGCUACACUCUCACCAAGAUGAAAGAUACGCUGAGAUUUUUUAUUUUUUUUAUUUUUUUGCACAGGCUGACGUAGGUUACAGGUAUAGUUGCAAACACAUGCUACGUUUAUGCAAGUACCUUAUGAUAUUUUUACAUAGCUGUUGCAGCUGAAUUGCAUUUAUAUACAUCCUUGUGUUCAAUCACAUAAAUUAUAAUAAUAAAAUCCUUGGUGUACAUUCAUGUUUUAGAUCCGAAUGCAGUAGUUUUUACUGAUUCAAAAUACAUAUCAUUCUCUUCAGACUUAAGAAACAAAAGUCAUACAUACAUAAUAAAAAGAAAAUAAUCCCCUUAAGCCAGAACUAUUUAGCUUCUUACCUUUUAGGGUGAGGGAGGUGUUUCUUGAUUCUGCCGACAAUUGUUAGAACUGUUUAGUAGUUUGGUGAUAUGUGUUAGAACAGGGUUGUGCUGUGUGUAGUUACCAUAUUGUAUAGGGGCUUCUUUGCUUAUUUCCCUCUUGUCUGUAUGUACUGGCUCUUGGCCCCAUUCAAUAAAAAAGCUUAGCCCUGCUAAUUUUAACACCUAUAAUACACAGAGGAUUAUACUAAAUACUAUUCUCCCCGUUCCAUAAUUCUUGUCGUGGUUCUAGUUCAAACUUGGACUAAAACCACGACAAGAAUUAUGGAACAGUGGGAGCAGUACCAUGGUGCCCCCAUCCUCCCCUGCCACCAUCACAAUCGGCGUCGUACGAAACAAGCCCAACCCACCCACUCAUACCAUAGGUUAGCAGGUGUAGUUACAAACACAUGAAACGUUUAUGUAAAGCACCUAAUGAUAUCUUUAUACAGGCUUUUGCAGCUGGGAAAAUGUAUGUUUCUAGGACCCCCGAAUUUUGUUAACCGCCACUGUUGGCUAGGAGUCAUGCUAGCUCGACGCAUUUUUUUUAGACAGGUCGUCAUGAGAUUUACUUGUUGUUCUGCCUUGUCUUUAUCAAUUCUUGUAUUGUAGCUCUUACUUAAAAAUGUGGUGAUUCCACUUUUUCAGGAGCUUCAAGCCUAAACGAAAGCUGGAAGUAUGAAGCCAUGAAGCCCUACUCAACGAAGAGUAGAAUAUCUAGGUUUUAAUAGAAUAAUUCAGUGUUGUUUUUGAUGAAUUUCAUUUGUUCCGUGAUCUGUUCAAAAUAUUGAUUUUGUAUGUGAUUUGUACACCUAUGAAAUGGAAACCUCACAAGGGGUAACCACUUAUGAAAAUUGUUUCACAAAUUACAAAAU